GAGAACACAGCAUUAUAUCAGGACCUAUAGACACCUGGACCAACCUGGAGAGAACACAGCAUUAUAUCAGGACCUAUAGACACCUGGACCAACCUGGAGAGAACACAACAAGAUGAGGAUCCUGCUGAUAGUCAUCCUCCUCUCCUUCAUGACAGGUUGUUUGAGCUCCUUCAAAGUGACAGGAUACUCUGGAGGAACUGUCAUCAUCUACUGUCAUUAUUACACAGAAGAAAGAAGUCAUGAGAAAUAUUUCUGCGUGGGGCAGUAUAGCUGGAGAUGUAAGGAUAUAAUCAGAACUGGAUUGAAGAACACCUGGGUACACAGAGGUAGAUUCUCUCUGUAUGACAACACUGGAGGAAACUACUUCAAGGUGAUCAUCAGACAACUGACCAGACAAGAUGAAGGGACCUACUGGUGUGGAGUGGACAAACCUACUAUACCUGACAGUUAUACCAAGGUAGAGCUGGAUGUGAAGGAGGAUGACUGCUGUAAGAAUGACUGA